AUGGCAUUAUUGGAUCCCCAGAAUGAAAGUGUCUUGGUGAUGCCGACACACGAGAAUGCGGCCGAAAUCUCGUCGCAAAGCGAAGAGCAACCUUUGUUGCAAUCGGAUCCAGUUCCUGCGCCUUGGAGCCCGCCCCCGGGGUUUCUACUGAUUCAAAUCGCGAUCAUGGCCAAUGUAUUUCUUGGCGGGUUUGACGGCACCAUCACCGCCUCGACCUAUGCUGUGAUCAGCUCCGAGUUCAACGCCGCGAACACUGCUUCGUGGUUAACCACCUCGUACUUAAUCACAAGCACGGCGUUCCAGCCUCUUUAUGGCCGAUUCUCGGAUCUACUCGGUCGCCGGUCUUGUUUCUUCACUGCAACGAUCACAUUCAUGGUUGGUUGUCUAGGAUGUGGUGUGGCACGUGAUGUGGUCUUUUUGAACAUGAUGCGCGCCUUGACGGGCAUCGGUGGCGGAGGGUUGAUGACUAUGGCAACAAUCAUCAACUCGGAUCUCAUUCCCUUCCGUCAACGCGGUAUGUACCAGGCAAUUCAGAACGUCUCGUACGGCUUCGGAGGCAUCUGUGGUGCUUCAUUUGGAGGUGCCAUCGUUGACUCGAUCGGAUGGCGCUGGUGCUUCCUGCUGCAGGUUCCAAUCUCCUUGUUUGCUUUGGUCAUGGGCUAUAGAGUCCUGAGGUUUCCUCCACGCAACAUUGAAACCUCCCCAGCUGGGCAGACUAAAGGAAUUUGGCAGCAGAUCGAUAUGCUAGGCGCAUGUGUGCUAAUCUUGGCUCUUUCGGCUCAACUGGUCGGACUCAGCCUGGGUGGCAACAUCCUCCCUUGGACUUCCAUGUGGGUAGUUCUGCCGUUAGUCUCCAGUGUGGUAUUGCUGGGCGCAUUUGUCGCCGUCGAAGCGAAGACCACCGCCGCACCUUUGAUUCCAUUGAAGAUGCUCCGAGGACAGCUCGCUGUUUCCACACAGAUCGCCAACGUUUGUGUCGGGAUGUCAGCAUACGCAUUCCUCUUUACUCUGCCUCUCAUGUUCCAGGUGAUUCUCCUCGACUCCCCCAGCAAAGCUGGUACUCGGCUGGUGGUUCCCUGUUUGUUCACCCCACUGGGUGGUCUCGUAGCGGGAAUCAUCAUGUCACGCUGGGGUAGACUGACCUCCAUUGUGCGCGUCGGUGCAGCCCUCAUGUUCGUGGGCAACCUUCUCGUCGCUCUGCUCCGAUUCAACGACUCGGAAUGGAAGUAUUUCGCCUAUGUCAUUCCCGCCAACUUGGGUCAGGGAAUGGUGUACCCAGGAAUCCUGUUCACAUUCCUAGCGGCCUUCGACCACGCCGGUAAGAUGCUCUUUAUCGCCGCCUCCAUUACCCUAAUCCUCGAGCGACCGCGCCAUUUCCAAGCGAGCCUGCUAACAAUAUCAUCUGCAGAUCACGCCGUCUCCGCCUCAACCGUCUACCUCAUCCGCUCCCUCGGGACAGUUUGGGGCGUCGCAGUGACCUCCACCAUCAUGCAGAAUACACUUAACUCAGGCCUCGGGGAGGCCUUGAGUGGAAUACCCAAUAAAUGGAAAGUGAUUGAUGAGAUCCGCCACUCAGUCUCGGCUAUCUACGAUCUCCCUCCGGAUGUGCAAAUGGCCGCUCGGCUGGUGUACUACCGCGGGAUCAGACUCUCCUUCAUGGCCUCCGCGCUCUUCGCAUUCAUUGCGACCGUCGCUUCGAUCUUUACCCGUGGAAAGGGUUUGGAGCGCGCGGGAAGCAAGUAA